UGCAGGAGGGAGAUGGAAGCGAAAGUGAAAAACUUGCUCAAGAGGCUUCGGACAAAAAACGCAGAGAGGAGACGACAUGAACUGGUGACCAAACUGUGGGGAUGGUCUGCAGCUGCGUCGUUCGACUAACAUGAUUUGUGGCUGGGAGUAAACUGCAUGACUGUUUGAGUGCGUCUUGGAAGGAAGUUGUAUAGACACACACACACACACGUGUGUCGUAAUAUUAUUAUUGGAGAGGGUUUUGGUCACCUUCAAAGAUCGUCGUUUUCGCUGGUGCUUGAGGUGCUGAGUCUGUGGCAGAGCUGCGGAGACAAGGUCGGUGUGGCAGUGGGCUGGCACCUUCUGUCUGCCGCGCGUUCGCUGAGUGGACAAGGCAACCUCAUGGAGCCUCUGACCAAAGCCUUGGACUUGUACCGGGAGGAAAGGUGGAGGAGAUACGAGGCGACAGUGCUUUACAACCUGUCGGAGCGGCAGCGCUUCGAGCCUCAUGGAGGAGCCGUGGCACAGAGGACAGCAGAAGAGGCCGUCAGCAUUUGGCGGGAGCUGGGCAACUUCAAGGGCGAGGCGACGGCCAUGACGGCGGUGGCGAAAGCCAUGAUCACCAGGGGUCUCCGAGAAGAUGCCUUGCAGCUUGUCCGGGGACGGAUGCGAGAGCUGCAAGAAGACAAGCCAGCGCUGGCUCAGCUGGGAUACGGCUGCAUCCCUGUCCUGCAGGAGUGUGGUGCCCACGACGAUGCAUUGGCAGUUGCAGAGGAGGUCUUAGCCAUCAACCGGGAGCUUGGCAACAGGCAUGAGGAGGCUUGGACGCUGAAGAACCUUUCUGAGGUGCGCAGAGACAUGGGACUCUUCCAGGAAGCGUUAGAUUGCGCACAGGAGGCCCAAGCCGUCUUCCAAGAGCUGGGCGAUGAGAUGGGCGAGGAAGAGGCGAAGAAAGUCCUCUCCCACAUCUACACCGCAAAGCGAGAGGCGCACAAGUCACCUCAUCGUCAACGAGCGUUGGAUUUGUUGGGCCAGUUUGCUAGUUGCGUGGCCCAGAAGGAUAGUGAAGGCUUUCAACGGGCGCUGACGCAGCUUCGGCUGUACCAGGGCGUGGAUGGGCAAGAUGUUGCUGCCAGUCUCGGAAGUCUCAUGGAGGACCCCGAAACCUACAGGUGGUACGUUGAGGCAUCCGCGGAUUAUUUUCAGGUCACAUUUGAGGAGGCCGAGUCCAUGGUAGGCCGUGCGCCGAUGAAUCCGACGCAGCGCGCGGCGAACCUUGACUCUCGUGGUGUGAAAGGCGGAGGCAUUUACGUCAUGUUCCGCUUCAGUGGAAUGGGGUACGGUCCAAGCUUUCGGCCUGUUCAGCAGGCAUACCGGCAGGGGAGACCCUAUGAAGCCUCACAAGGCCCUGCCCCUGCGGCCCUUUGUGUUCUGCGGGAUGAGACUGCAGAAGAAUGGGAGCGUGUGGCGGUGAUGCAGGCGCAUGCUGGAGUACUUGAUGGUGCUUUGCAAGGAUCUGCUUUUUACUACCAAAGCUUCUUGCAGCCUAUUAUCGACAUGCGAGAGUCUGGCCGGUCGCAAGUCAAGGCGUCCUAGUCACUGGCUGGUGGUCCAGAUAGGCGCGAGAUGAGGCCAAAGAUGCCCCAACCUGGGACGCAUUGUGGC